AUGGAGGCGGGGUUGAUAGUCCUGACCCUGCUGAGCAUUAUGUUCUAUGUUUUCUCUUCAUUUGUCCCUCUUUGCAAUGAGGUUUCUGAAGAAUUUUACAAGCUCAGGUGUGCCAAGACCAAAAUUCCAGACGAGACGCUAUCCGUCCCGCUGGACUUUGAGCAGAUCGCCGCGGACAUCCACUUCCGCCGAGAAAUCGUCGAGCAGUGCAUCCACGAGACCCUGCUUUUCUUCGCUGGGGCCCUGCGAGACAACAAGGAGGUGGAAUUCUCCUUCAAGGGCAUUGGCAUCCUCGCUGUGCGAAGAAAAGCCGUCAGCAUGACCUUCUUCGAUGACUGCCUGCUGGAGCUGGACGCCACCGGGAACAUGCUGGCAGCUCUUCUGGAGGACUCCAAGAUGAGGGGUAUCGUGGCCUUCCCGGGCAAAAACGAUUUUACGCGGCUCAGCCGAGACGGGGUCAUCACGCUGCCAAGGUGA